UAUCAUCAUCAUCCCAAUUCCAUGGACUGACUUGUUUGUUGUCGAGCAAGAUGGAGUUCCUUUUGGGAAAUCCUUACAGUACCCCAGUGGGGCAUUGCAUUGAGAGAGCCACUGAUGGCUCCCUGCAAAGCGAAGACUGGACCCUCAACAUGGAAAUAUGUGACAUCAUCAAUGAAACAGAGGAUGGGCCAAAGGAUGCCAUUAGAGCUGUCAAGAAGAGGCUGAAUGGCAACAGGAACUAUAGGGAAGUGAUGCUGGCUUUAACGGUCCUGGAGACUUGUGUGAAGAACUGUGGUCAUCGGUUUCAUGCUCUGGUCACCAGCAGGGACUUUGUAGAUGGCGUACUUGUUAAAAUUAUCUCCCCUAAAAACAACCCGCCUACCAUCGUUCAAGAUAAAGUACUCGCCCUGAUUCAGGCAUGGGCUGAUGCAUUCAGGAGCAGUCCGGACCUCACAGGUGUGGUCCAAACCUAUGAGGAGCUAAAGAGGAAAGGCAUCGAGUUCCCCAUGUCAGAACUGGAGACCCUGUCGCCUAUACACACACCUCAGCGGUCGGCAUCUGUUCCAGAGGGAGACUCCACCCUACAUAAAUACACCACCACCUCCCAGCCCACACCACAGGCUGUCCUGCCAGCCUACACCACUCCUCAGGUCCCCAACAUUCAUGCCUCUGGAUCCAUCAAUCCUACACCUGAACAGAUUUGCCGGCUGCGCAGUGAGUUGGACAUUGUGCGUGGAAACACUAAGGUGAUGUCAGAGAUGUUGACUGAGAUGGUCCCAGGACAGGAGGACGCUUCAGACUACGAGCUACUACAGGAGCUGAACAGGACUUGCAGAGCCAUGCAGCAGAGGAUAGUUGAGCUCAUCUCCUGCGUCUCCAACGAGGCGGUGACUGAGGAGCUGCUGCAUGUCAACGACGACCUCAAUAACAUUUUCUUACGCUACGAAAGGUACGAGAGGUUUAGGUCUGGAAGGUCUUCGGCUCAGAGUGUCAACAAUGGGGUCCUGAGUGAGGCCACAGAGGACAACCUCAUAGACCUCGGCCCGGGCUCCCCUGCGGUGGUCAGCAACAUGCAGAACGCAGCUCCAACCAGCUUGCACCACAUCACAGCCCCCACAGGGAGGCCCUCCUCUCCGGCCACCUUGGCCUCCCGUCUGGCCGGACUUGACAUGGGUGCAGACAGCGUCAGCAGUACCUUGAGCUCUCUGUCCAGCUGUAAGCCUCCACCUGCGCAGGAUGACUUCGAUGUGUUCGCCCAAACCAGGACCGGAGCUCUGCCUGAACCACAGAAGACCACUACAGCAGAGGACAGUCAUGCCGCCGGUAGCCUUCCUCCCACUCUGGAUGUCUUACAGCCAACUGCAGGAGUGGGUGUCGGAGGCCAGUCCUCUGUCAUGGAUGACAUAGAGGAGUGGCUGUGUACUGAUGUGAAAGGAGAUGAAGGCGAGGAAGGUGUGACAAGUGAAGAGUUCGACAAGUUCCUCGAGGAGAGAGCCAAAGCUGCAGAGAUGGUCCCCAGCCUACCGUCACCCCCUAGUGGCGAUCCAGGUGCGGCGCAGGGAACCCCAGACCGCAAGAAGCCAGACAGGCCGGAGGACGCUUUGUUCGCCAUGUAGACCUUUCACCUCUGACCUCCAAUCCCCAGCCGAAGACCCGACCAACCGAACAGCAUCACCCGAGGACAGACUGACAUGACACUUAAAACACAUCCACCUCCGCUCUGAUCGCCGCUCCAUCACAACACUAUUCAGUUACACUACAGAGAUUUGUACAUGCUGUCCUUUGUAAAAAAAAAAACAACAACAAAAAAAGGGAAUCAUUCAUGUUUUCCGUUAACUUCUCGCUAAACAAAAGGGAAAACCCGACAAAUGGUCUAUUUUGAUACGCCACCGGACGACGGAUCUCCCCACACACGAUGACCAGUGUCAGAGACAAUGAGGCUGCCUGCUUGUUCCCUCUUCUUUAUGUGUGAAGAAAUCUCCCUCAGCCUGUCCGUGGACUGCAGAGCUUCAUGUUGCAGCUAAAUCCUAAUAAUACGAUGUAGAGUUUUAUAAAAGAGGCGCCCCCCCCCCCUCUGGCCUUGUCAGAAGUAGGAUAUACAUUUCUAAUCCAAGCCCUCAAAGCAUGCAUUAACACUACCAACCUUGAUUAUUUAAGUUUUUACUAUUAAAGAAGCCCUAACUGACACAUUAUGGUUGCUAUUGCAGAAUUGCUAACCUACAGGCUGACUGAGUUACAAGGAUAUUUGUUUUGGUGUUUUGUAUCGUUCCCUUUGCAAGUCAGUCUAAGUUGAAUUGUAAAUCUGUAAAUGACAAAUGUCAAGCUGUGUGUAUAUUUAAGCUACGUAUGUAUGAAAGAGAUGUUGAUUUCA